AUUUACUUAUAUAUAUAUUUUUUAUUUUCUUCGCGUCGCUUUAUUUAAAUCGACUUUUGUACGUUGACUAAACUGGAAGCGUCGCUUGGAGCUCCCACACCGGAAAAAGGUGAUGAAGCAUCGCAGCUGAACAUGGAGCUUUUCUGGAUUUUAUUAUUCGCCGUCCUGCAGCGCUACGCACGAGCACAAGGGGUUUACGCUCCUGCCAAUGCCCAGAUUGUUCACUCUGGCCAGGCGUGUGUGGUGAAGGAGGAUAACAUCAGCGAGAGGAUCUACACCAUCCGUGAAGGCGACACACUUGUGCUACAGUGCCUGGUUAAAGGGCAUCCACGGCCACAGGUGCGUUGGACCAAGACGGCGGGCAGCGCUUCAGACAAAUUCCAAGACACGCCGAUCUUCAAUGAAACCCUACGCAUCGACAACAUCCAGAGGGUGCAGGGAGGCCGUUACUACUGCAAGGCCGAGAACGGGGUUGGGGUGGCUGCCAUCAAGUCCAUCCGGGUAGAUGUGCAAUACUUGGAUAAGCCCAUGCUCACCGUACACCAGACUAUUAGUGAUGUAAGAGGGAACUACUACCAGGAGAAGACGGUGUUCCUGCGCUGCACCGUCAACUCCAACCCUCCGGCUCGCUUCAUCUGGAAACGAGGCAACGUUCCCAUCGAACAAAGCAAAGACAACGGCGUGGACAUCUACGAACCUUUAUACACGCAGGGUGAGACUAAGGUGCUAAAGCUGAAGAAUCUUCGCCCUCAGGACUUUGCGAACUACACGUGUCAGGUGUCCGUCCGCAACGUCUGUGACAUACCGGAUACAUCAGUCACCUUCCGAUUAACCAACGCCACCUCUCCACCAGCUUUGAAACUCUCAGUUAACGAGACCUACGUGGUGGACCCAGGCCAGGAUGUCACCAUGUCGUGUGAGGUCACAGCAGGUUUCCCGACGCCGACCGUGACCUGGGCGCGAUACCCCUCCCCCUUGCCACGUCGAGCCAUCAUCCGUGGUGGCUCUCUAACUCUGCGCUCCGUCACUCCAGCUGACUCGGGGGUCUACAACUGCACCGCUGUCAACAAUGUGGGCAACCCAGCCAGGAGAAACGUCAACCUCGUUGUUAGAACAAUGAAGAACCUGACGUUCCAGAUCACGCCUGAUUCGAACAAGGACAGCGAGAGCAUCCAGAUGGGUCGUGACCUCAAGCUGUCCUGCCACGUGGACGCUCAGCCCCAGGAUAAGGUCAACUACACCUGGUACAAGAACAAUGCCCCUGUGAACCCGUCAGACAGUCUCAUUGUGCUGCGCAGUGACCCGGACAUGCCCCCUGGCACCAGCAGCCUGGAGAUUGUAGACAUGAAGUUCCGGGAUCAAGCCACCUACAGCUGCCUAGCCAACUUUCCUGGCAGUAAUGUUCUCGAACUCAGAGUGGACAUCAACAUCACACAAAGCAGCGUAAUUCCUCCAGUUCUGACCGUACCUGCUGGAGGAAGUGUGGUCAAUGCGAGUGAAGGUGGGAAUGCAGAGCUGGUCUGCCUGGUUGAGGGGAAGCCUCGUCCCCCAGUGCUCUGGUCCCGGGCUAAUAAAGACUUGCCCAUGCCGUCUGGCGAGUGGGUGACGGAAACUCGCGAUGGACGCCUCCGCCUCACCAACGUCACACGAGAUAUGGCAGGGGUUUAUCGAUGCCAAACGGCACCGUACAAUGGCCUCAACAUCAAACGCAGGCUGUCGCAGGUGCAGCUCAAUGUGGAGUACCCUCCUGUGGUAGACCCGGUCUACCAGGAUGUCCGCUCUCCGAACUACAAGCCUGUCAUUUUGCGCUGCAUAGUUCUCAAGUCUAAUCCAAACCGCGUAGCUAACGCACGUUGGUAUCGGAACACGAUUCCGAUCCGCACUCCACCCGUGGACCCUCAAGACGUCCCUCAGCUCCGCUUUACACUCGAUCCCACUAACAAUGGCACGUACGAGUGUAAAGUCAGCAACGGGGUCGGCACCUCUACUUGCACCUUCCUCGUCUCAGCUCGACCGUACAUCGCCGAAUUUUACUUUGACACGCCGAACCCCAUCCGCAUCCUAAAGGGCAGCAACUACUCUUAUAACUUGCAGUGGACGCAGAGAGAACCGAACACUACGGACAAAGUCAUCGGCUAUUGGAUCAGCGUCCAGCAGAUGGGUCAAAAAGUAAUGUCCAAGCAGAUCAACACCAGAGAGCCUGUGAAAGGUGUGUUGAUGUCAUACGCCAUAACGGACUUGCGCAUCCCUCUGUCCUAUGAAGUUGGUCUCACUCCCAUCACCGCCUUCGGUACUGGGGAUACCGUCACCCGGACCAUCCAGUACUCUGAGCCCUACACUUAUCCAAGACCUUCAGACCACGUGUGCGGGUUCGAGGACACGAGGAUCUGCGGCUUCUCCCAGGAUCGCAGUGACGUGUUUGACUGGACCAGACAAAAUCAUUUGAGUCAAAACCCCAAGCGCUCGGUCAACACAGGGCCAGAUACAGACCGCAGUGGGACCAAAGAAGGUUAUUAUAUGUACAUCGAGACGUCGCGGCCGCGUCAGAAAGGAGAUAAAGCUCGCCUUCUUUCCCCGCUUUACAACGUGACAGCGGCUCGAGGUCCCUCCGGCUCCAGCAGAUUGCCGUACUGUGUCUCCUUCUUUUACCAUAUGAACGGGAAACACAUUGGAACUCUGAAUGUCCUCCUGCGAGUGAAAGGAAUUGCCACAGUGGAUAAUUUAGCAUGGACACUAUCAGGGCACCAAGGCCCCAACUGGAGGAAGGCUAACGUUGUGGUGUAUCCCAGUGGGCCCUUUCAGGUGGUGUUCGAGGGGAUCCGUGGUGAUGGGUUCGAGGGCGACAUCGCCGUCGACGAUGUGUCCGUUACCAAAGGGAAGUGCAAGCAGGAGAAGCUUCCCGAAACAGACGUUCUUCCAGGAACAGCCCGAAGCCUUCAGCCUGUUACGCUGACCGAGCUGCUUGUUAGCUCCACGUGCCUCUACGUCCUGCUCUUCUCCAGAUGAUGGACGAUACACCUGUUCAACCCUCACACCCGCCGCCUCCUCCUUCCCCCUGUGGCAUCAACCAACACUGCCCAGAUAUGUUUCCUUCCCUUCUCCCUCCUUUCCUUUUUCUUUAUUUUUUCCUUUCAUCACUCAUACUUUCCUUGCUUUUUCCUCAUCACUUUUUCUCCAUGCUUGGCUUGCUCACCCUUGCCAUGCUCUCUCUCUCUCUCUCUCUCUCUCUCUCUCUCUCUCUCUCUCUCUCUCUCUCUCUCUCAACCUAGCUCUUUUUUUCUGUCUCUGAAUUUAAAACCAUAUUUUCCGUGGCUUGCAGUCAUACCUCAAAUCUUUAGCUUUCAUAAUAUUCAUCCCGUAUCUUUAGCAUCCCAUCAGUUUGCGUUUAUUAUGUCCACACCCCUCCUCCCCACCCCCUUACCGCAGCCCCCUCUCUGUGUUGCCGACACACGAAAGUGUCAAUUAUGCUACCAAAGAUGAUGG